AUGGCUAACUGGUUCAGUCGGCGCCUGACGGCGCCAGGUGCUCAUGUCCAACUCAACCGAGCUCAAUGGACGAUUGUCGAAGAGGUGGACCGACACAAUCUCCCAGUUGAUGAGGAGGACUUCAACCGGGGAUAUGGUCCGUUGUACAGCUGCGUCCAGCUUCUCUGUCAUUCAAACAAGGAAAAAGAGUCACAAGAAGAAACCUCUGCCUUUAUGCUGAUCUAUCUGCAGACUCCCAUUCUCGGCACUGAAGGCGAGACUCUCGCAACCCGCUCCCAACAAGCAACACAGUACACUCCCUCUGAGCUGGCUGCACUGCAGACCUUCACCGAGCGAUGCGUGCAAUGUACCCCCCGCCUACUGGACUGGCGGUCAUCUAGGCAGGAGAAGGACUCUCCUGUGCCUGAAGGGUUCAUUGUCUGGGUGGUCUGGGAGAUUGUUCCGGGCACCCGUCUCGGAGACGCCUUUGGCGGGGAUAUAUUCUAG